AUGGCGUGUCAUUCGGGGUUGGGUGUCCCCCAAGCUUCUCAUGAACCAGCAGAAUCCCAGAGCGGGAAGUCUUCUAGAAACACCCGGCACCUCCGUUCCGUGACCGCAUCGCCAACUGCGGAUGGCCGAUGCGAGAUUUCUCCAACUGCUCCUCCGGGGAGACGUGUACCCCGGCCUAUCCGCACCUUUAGGGCUGGCACCUCUGCUUGUGCCAAGCACGCCAUUGGGGCGUCUGGCAGUUUGGGAACAAGAUGUAAAAGAUUAGAUGACGGAAUUUCAUGGAUAAAUGUCUACGAGAAUGCGGCCGCCUCGGACAAGCCGGCCGAAGGAAAAGCUGACAGGAGCCUGGCCGGUAGCCAAUGUCCGUGGGGUAAAGAGAGCAAAUGGCUCUCUCCGCAUCUGCAACUAAUGACGGGAACGGGUGUCUGUGUGAAGGUUGUGUCUUCCCGUCAGAUAGCGUUUCAUGACAAGAUUCCUCUCCAACAACAUGUCCGCCCGUUCCGCACCGUCGCUUUACGAACCCGCGAAUCAUCACGAACAUCUUCCAUGGAGGAAGCAAAGCUGGGUGGCCUUUUGACAGAGUUCCGAACUCACGGUCCUCUCGAUAGUCGUCCACUACGGCUCAGACCACUGAGCGCCACUCUUCUACGGACGGCAGCGAUCUACGCCGAACGCUUCACAACCCACAUUGUGAACAGCUUUCCCUCUCGAAACAGUGAUUCCUCUACGAUCAACCUGUCGUAUCAGGCAGCUGUCCGUAAUGAACUGAUGGUCCAUUGA